AAAUUUUCCGUGAUGCCUUAUUUCUAAAUUCUAAAUUCAUAUAAUGGCAAACAGUUGCAACCGGUGUGGAAGACAAAUUGUGACCGCAUGGAUAACUGCGAAAGGAAAUUUCUACCACCCCCACUGCUUCACGUGCGCAAUCUGCGAUGUAGUCAUUGAAUCGGAGGAACAUGAAUACGUAGAGAGCAGUGACUUGAAAGAAAUCUACUGUAGAAAAUGUUACACCGAGUUUUUUGGGCCACUUGAAGAAAAUGAAGAAGAAUCAUCUCCACAAGUAAACGCCAAAUUACCUCAAGACGAUGACUUUGCUUCAAGUACUUGCCCGGAACAACAAAUGUCAACUCUGACCCACUAUAACUCUCAACCUCCAAAGUUUUGUACGAAAGAAGCCAAGUUUCAAUGCCCUGCUGAAUAUCUCUGUAUCUCUCAGGAAUAUUUUGCAAAGCAUGGUUCUGUUUCUGAUGACUUUUCAUCGCUAACGAAUGACAACCAAAGAAACAAUGGGGACAGAUUAAUAGAACCAUUCGACUUUAAGCUUUCGGCAGUUAUAGAAAGUACAAAACCACCGGCUUUCAUGAAAGAAAAAUUGUCUAAUUCCUCCUCCCAAGCAUCCAAAAUUCCAAAAUGGAAAAGUCAUGUGAGACUUUCACAGCGACCAGAAUCAGACGCCUCUUGUCCUAAUAUUCAAAAUUCUGGGUUUAAUUGCUUUCUACCAAAACCACCCCAAAAUCUAAUCAGGGCAAAAAGUUUUCAUGUUCCACAACAAAUAAGGAGCAAAAUAAAUGACUAUAUAAACAGCAAAGGGUCAAAAUUCAAUAUGAAAAGGUCCAAAACACCUGUACCUCCGAACCCAGACGAAGAAUUAAAAUCACGGACUCCACGAAAACCUAUCUACAAUCAAAAUCAUGUCAACGAAGAUAAAAUAAUGUCAAAUGCUCGAUUGACAAAAUCAGUUAAUUCAACGACAAACUUCAAAGCAAAUCCCAAUUCACUCUCGUCAAUGUUUAUCCCGAACAGAAACAAGUCCUUCACAGUUAAACCGGAAACUAAACAGAGCACCUUCAAAAUGCCAAGUUUUACUGUCCCAAAAUUCGCGACGGGAGUGUCCUGGAAUGCAAAUUUCCAGCAGCCUUCCAAACCAGCAUCCCCCUCAACCCCACGCUUGAAAAAAUCUCGAGUCUCCACCCCACCGCGUAUACAAGCCCAGCAGACAACGUUCAAUCAUUACCUCCUCCCACAAGAAAUCAUGAAGGGAAAGCGUAUUUCCCCCACUGCUGAGAAAUGCAAUAACAUGGAUGGAAAACCACAAUGUGGGGGCAACGCAUUAAGAAAUUAUCCACCAUUUCCCUCUGUCUCAUCCUAUUUUGGGAACUCGACGACAUCCACGACGUCGUCUCCUAACAGCAAAAAGAGGACUAUAAGUGCCAAGCAGCAACAAAGAAAAGUGUCAAAAAAGGUGUCAGAAGUUGAUAAUCAGGACUCUGAUGUAUCGGCUGGUGGUGGUACUCAUGGGGCAUUGGAUUGUCCAAUCUGUUUGGACAAGCUUGUAAACCUUCAUAGUCAUAAACCCCAAGAAAGUAAAGAAAACGUCGUCACAUGUUGCGGACACAUUUUUCAUAAGACAUGCAUACACAAUUGGCUAAGUGCAAAUGGAAAUAGCCGAUGUCCAACCUGUUCAAAAAUGUGCUUGAAAGAAAGUUUGAUUCCGGUUUACAUUGAAGCAAAUAUUGCGGACAACGUGAACAUAAGAAAUGCGGAUACUGAAGAGUUGAAACAACUGUUGUUCACGUUAAGAUCGGAUUACAAGCAACUCAGGGAGAAAUAUCAAGCGUUAUUAAAGGAACACAACGAGUCAAGAUUUGCGAUCAAUGACAGCUUGAGAUCUGCAUACGAAAUGGAGAGCAGAACAAGGGGGCAACUUCAAUGGGAGAAUAAAAUUCUUCAUCAAAAGCUGGACGAAAUGAGAUCAAUGAUUGGAAUUGAGCAAGGUGAUAAUUUCCAUAAUGAAUCAACAACGUCCUCUCCCGAUAUGUUUACCUUUACCCAAAAUUUUGAUCGUAAUCAUAAUCAACCCAAUUCUGAUACCGAGAAUGAGUAAUAAUUAAAAUAAAGUCGAUGUCUUUUCUGUCACAUUUUUAUUUUUUGAUUCCUCAAAUAUUUCAAAACUAUCACAAUUAAAUAAUAAUGCAUUCUGAAAUAGAAAAUUACAAUACAAAUUUUGAUAAUGAACAAAAAUCAGAUUUCUAGUUAAAUAUAAAACUACAAUUACGAGUAUAUAAUUAAUGCGAUUGUUUAAAA